GGUGUUCUGCGCAAUACUCGACCGCUGAAUUACACCCAAGCUAGGUCAUACAUCUUGACAGUGGUUGCUCAUGACUGCGGUAUGCGCCAGUCGAAAUCGGUUCUUGUCACAGUUAACGUCCGUGAAGCUUGUGUAGAUGGUAUUCGCGGCAUUUCGGAACGUAUCUCCUACAUGCCUGAUUCUGGAUCUGUCCGAAUUGCACCAGAUGCGCACAUUAAAACCUGUGCGGAAGCACAGUCGUGCACUGUGGAAAGUGUGAAAAGUGUGCUAACACUGCAAACUGAUCAUUUAGCAAACGGAUGUGAUCGCGACGAUUUCGUUCUGGAAGCUGUGCAGAACAAAUGCGGCAUGGACGAAUCCACAAUUGCACUGCUGACAGCAACUGAUGAGGAGGCUAACGAUAACAAGGUUAUACCGGAUAAAUACGCAUUUAACGGCAAAUCGAGUUCAGUAAUUGUGCCAGCAGAAAAAGUGGAUGGUGUAAUCCCAUUAAAAUUCACGCUCACAUUCUCGAUGAAACACGCACGCGGUACAAAGGAGGAGCAAGGCCUCAAGCAAACGAUCCUCUGUGAAAGCGAUUACUCGAGUAUGCAUUAA